AAACGACUCAGUUCUAAUCGUCUUCUUGACGUAAAAUGACACAUUUUUCGACACAAAGACGACAAAAUGAAGCAAAUUACAUUAGUGAUAUUGUUAGUGUUAUUUGCACAUUCAGUGAUAUCUAAAGACCUCGUUCUCGGUUCAAGAAUCAACAAUUUGUUAGUAUCGACGGAAAAAGUCGUUUAUAAGAAUAUUCCAUUAAUAAAGCGAGAGAAGGAUUACACUUAUACGGAUACAAAACAAAGAAUUAUAAAGGGCAUCAUUGCCCGUGACCUCUCUCGGUCAGAGGCGGAAGUGACGGUCACCGCCGGCGGCGUGGGUUCAACACACGUCACAUUACACUUAAAGAGCGCGAGAGGAGAAGGUCUCAACUAUCUAAUACUGAUAUUCAGUAAUAAUAGCUAAUUUAAAAUAAAUAUAUUUUUUGAUACUA